AUGGAGCAACCAAAAUAUCCAGCAUCAUGGUCAAUGUUCCAACGAUUUUUAGUAAAGCAGAUUCAAGAAAGCAUGAAGAGCAUUGGCCGAAAUUCGGGCCGGAAAUCUGCUGCUCCACAAUCUGAAAUAAAUCACGCUCUUAUGUCGGCUAUUGAAUGGCUGCUUUAUUUCUUCUGUCUCAUGGAUCGCUCAAAAAUCUCAAACCUCGCUCUGUCCAUUACACAUUUGACGAUUCCACGGGUUCCUACUAUCGGUUUCGAAAACAAUGUCAAGGGUACAUUCUCCGCGGAAUGGAUUGUACCUUCUGGUGCUACUGACGAUACUCCAGUCAUCCUAUACUCCCACGGCGGAGGAUAUGUAGUAGGCUCUACAUUGACUCACAGGACGAUUACAAUGGGUCUGGCAAAACGUGGGGUUCGAGUCCUGUCUAUCAAUUAUCGACUGAGUCCCAAGAAUCCAUUCCCUGCGGCUCUUACCGACGGUGUCUCUGCCUACAAGUAUCUACUUACGGAAAUGAAGAUUCCACCGUCGAAAAUCGUGUUGUCGGGUGACUCGGCUGGUGGAAAUUUAGCAUUAGCAAUAGCUAUGUUUUGCCGAGAUCAAAGGAUACCAAUGCCAUCAGGAAUCGCACCAUUAACUCCUUGGUGUGAUCUGUCUGGAAACUCGCCAUGCACCUUUAUAGAGGAUGAGUUUUCUGCGGAUAUUCUGUCCGGAGGCCGAGGAUUCACAGCCCUUGGAAAGCUAUACGCUAAAGUACCAUCGUACAUGAGUCUGCCAUACGUGUCUCCUAUACAUGAUAUUCCUUCAAAGGCAGCUCCCUUGCCACCCAUGUUCUUCACAACGGGUACUGUCGACAGACUGGCUCCUGAAAUCUUUGCCAUGUUUUUGAAACGUGUUGAUGCUGGAGAGACGUGUCAGCUGUAUAUAUUCCAAGACCAGAUGCAUGCGUUCCAAUUACUGUCGUUUGUGCCGUCAUCCAGUACGGCGCUUGAUUUGGAAGUCGAGUUUGUAAAAAAGGUCACUGCAGGAAUUCCCAUACAGACUGCUGUAUGCACAGUAAUGCCAGAUGGACAAAGGAUCGAGGAACUCACUUUAGAUAAUGUUAGAAAUAUGCUGAAAUCGCUUAUAGAUCGUGGGACUCGUGCCGUCAAGAACGAUGAAGUGGCCGUAAAAGUAUUUGCUCCAUACGUACAAGCCAUUCGUUCCAAACUUUAG